AUGCGUCAAUCCGUUGACGGUGCGGCCGACGAGGCGUUGGCUCGCAUGGGCUAUAAGAGUGAGCUGCCGCGCAACUUGAGUAUGUUGAGCGUCCUCGGUCUGUCCUUCGCCAUCAUGGCCGCGCCCUACGGUCUGAGCACCACCCUCUACAUCACCCUCGUCGACGGGCUGUCCGUCACCAUCAUCUGGGGAUGGGUUUUCGUCACCCUGAUCUCCAUCGCGAUUGCCGCAUCCCUCGCCGAAAUCUGCGCCGUCUUCCCGACUGCCGGGGGCGUCUAUUAUUGGAGCGCAAUGCUUGCCACGCCCAAAUAUGCUCCGGUCAUGUCGUUCAUCGACGGCUGGCUUACACUGGUGGGGAAUUGGACCGUGACGCUGAGUAUCAUCUUCGGCGGUGGCCAGUUGAUCCUCAGCGCUAUUUCUCUGUGGAACGUGGACUUUGUCGCGAAUACAUGGCAGACAAUACUGAUGUUCUGGGCCGUGCUGCUGGUCUGCACCUUGGUCAACAUUUUCAUGUCGCGCCACCUGGAUCUGAUCAACAAGGUGUGCAUCUACUGGACUGCUAGCAGCGUCGUGAUCAUCUUGGUUGUCCUUCUGGUGAUGGGCAGGCAUAACCUCAACUCCGGCGAAUUCGUCUUUGCGCACUACGAUUCCUCCCAGUCGGGUUGGCCCGCUGGCUGGGCUUUCUUCGUCGGUUUGCUGCAGGCAGCAUAUACGCUGACGGGUUAUGGCAUGGUCGCGUCGAUGUGUGAGGAGGUCCAGAACCCUCAUCGCGAGGUCCCCAAAGCCAUUGUCUGGUCCGUCGUCGCGGCCGGUUUUACGGGUAUCAUCUACCUUAUUCCCAUCCUCUUCUCUAUGCCCAACGUCACUGCUCUGCGCAAUGUGCUCAGUGGCCAGCCCAUUGGCCUCUUAUUCAAAGAAGUGACCGGCUCCGCGGGCGGAGGCUUUGGUCUCUCUCUUCCUUAUCCUGGGCAUCAUGAUCUUCGCCGUCGCUGUACCUACGCCUUCGCCCGCGACGGAGCGAUUCCAGGAUUCAAGAUCUGGCGCCGUGUUAACAAGAAGCUGAAUGUCCCCGUUUGGGCGGUGAUCCUCUCUGCGCUCGUCGACGCGCUCCUUGGCCUGAUCUAUUUCGGCUCCUCGGCCGCUUUCAACUCCUUCACCGGCGUCGCGACCAUCUGCUUGUCCACCUCGUACGGCCUGCCCAUCUUCAUCUGCAUGGUCCGCGGCCGAAAAGCUGUCAAAGGCUCUGGUCUGCCCGUUACCGCGGGCUCCAUGAACUAUGCGAGCGCGGUGUUCGCGGGCUUCGCCUCCAUCAGUGUGGCGUGGUACUUUGCCUAUGCCCGUAAGCAUUUCGCCGGCCCGCCUGUCUCGGAGGAGGCGCGAGUUGCCGGAACCGGAGUGAUCGCAGGCUCACCGGUCGAUUUGGAGAGUCAUGUUCAUGAGGUGGAUAUCAAGAAGGAGGUCUCUUCCAGUAAGGAGUAA